CGCGAUGAAAGGUCAUUUUCCGGAGUAAAGAUGGCGGCGCCGGACGAAUUGUUUUGCUGGGAAGGAGACUGGGGUUUACCGUCCGUCAACAGAGACUGUCUGGUGGUUCUGGCAUACGCUCAGUUCUCAGGAGCUCCUCUCAAACUGAGGAAGACAUCCAACCCAUGGAAGAGUCCCAGUGGUUCACUUCCUGCCCUGAGGACCAAUCAGAACUCGACUCUGUCCAGACCUUCUGACAUCAUCAUCCACCUCAGAAAACAGAAAUACAACGCAGAUUAUGAUUUGUCAGCAAAGGAAGGCGCUGACAGCCUGGCAUUCAUUUCUCUGAUGGAGGAGAAGCUGUCGCCUGCUCUGAUCUACACGUUUUGGAUCGAACCAAAGAACUACGUGGACGUGAUUCGCCGCUGGCACGCUGAGCACAUGCCGUUCCCGCUGAACUUCUUUCUGCCGGGGCGGAUUCAGCGGCAGCAGCUGGAGAAGCUGCGGCUGCUGCGAGGAGACGACGUCCUGGAGGCGGGGGAGGAGCUGGAGAAGGAGUUGUAUGCUGACGCUGUUGAAUGCAUGAAUCUUCUGUCUCAACGACUCGGAUCAAACAAGUUCUUCUUUGGAGACUCGCCGUCCUCUCUGGAUGCCUAUGUCUUCGCUCACCUGGCUCCGAUCCUGAAGGUCCAACUGUCCAACAAUAAACUGCAGCAACAUCUGAGGACACUGAGCAACCUGAGUAACUUCUGCAACAACAUCCUGCUGCUCUACUUCCCCAGAGACAUAGGUCCAGACACCGCCCCUCAGAAGACGUCCUCUCACCCUGAAGGGGGCGGAGACUUUGACCACGUCCCAAACAAACGCAGGAAGCAGUUGUUUUCGGCUCUGGUGGCUCUGGGCGCCAUGUUAGGAUAUGCCCUCUUGACUGGGAUGGUGUCCAUCCAGCACGUCCAGAGGGAGGCGCUAGAGGAGCCUCCGGACAUGCAGCCCAUCAGAGCCCAUGACCACGAGGACGACGGAGACUGAGGACGACGAGGAAGAGCAAGAUGUUUCUGUAAUAAAUAAAAUGAUUCUCUUUUAAAGAUAAUAAAAUAAAUUAAAACA